AAGAGUCUGAUUAUUAAUAUUAUGUUUUCCUUCGAUUGUCGACGGUGGUUACUCGAUGUUUCGUUUGCUUUGCAAUGUGAUUUUCAUGAUAGCUAGUUAUAAUUUAUUAAAAAUGAAGUUUUUCAAUUUUUAGCAUUUUACUGUGAUCAAAAACUGUCUGUGAUUAGUAAAUUUAAAGAUUGGUGAUUUAAUUUCACUUUCUAAUAAAAUGAGUGUAAUUUCAUAAAAUGGGAGCAAAUGCUUCUCAGUUGGAGAAAGAAAUAGGACAUGAUCAGUUUCCAUCCAAUGAGCAUUAUUUUGGACUUGUGAAUUUUGGAAACACUUGUUAUUGUAAUUCAGUUCUUCAAGCUUUGUACUUUUGCAAGCCUUUUCGAGAGAAAGUUCUUGAUUAUAAAGCUAAAAAUAAAAGAACCAAGGAAACUUUAUUAACAUGUUUGGCAGAUUUAUUUUAUAAUAUUGCUACUCAAAAGAAGAAAACUGGAACUAUAGCUCCAAAGAAGUUUAUUGCACGCUUAAGAAAAGAAAAUGGUAAGUGUUCAGAAAAACAGCAAGGAAAUGUUAAAAUGAGAAUUGCAACCCAAAAUGGUGAACAACAACAGCCAGCAUCAAAGCCUGAACCAACUUGGGUUCAUGAUAUAUUCCAAGGAACACUGACAAAUGAGACUAGAUGUUUGAAUUGUGAAACAAAAUAUGGGGAUUUUCUUUCUGCCAAAAUUAUUCACAAAGCCAUGAAUGCAGAAAUGGGCUUCAUCGGAGAAUCAAAUGGAUCUCACAUUAAUCUUGCUAUUUUCAAUCUUUUGAUGCAAAUCGUUCAUGAAGAGGACUAUUUGAUUGAUGUUUUUGCAGCAGAAAAACAGCAAGGAAAUGUUAAAAUGAGAAUUGCAACCCAAAAUGGUGAACAACAACAGCCAGCAUCAAAGCCUGAACCAACUUGGGUUCAUGAUAUAUUCCAAGGAACACUGACAAAUGAGACUAGAUGUUUGAAUUGUGAAACAGUUAGCAGCAAAGAUGAAGAUUUUUUGGAUCUCUCUGUUGAUGUUAAUCAGAACACUUCCAUUACUCAUUGUCUUCGUGGUUUUAGUAAUACAGAAACUUUAUGCAGUGAACACAAAUAUUAUUGUGAAAAUUGUUGUAGCAAACAAGAAGCUCAAAAAAGAAUGCGAGUUAAAAAAUUACCCAUGAUUUUGGCUUUACAUUUAAAACGAUUUAAAUAUAUGGAGCAGCAAAAUCGGCAUACAAAACUGUCCUAUCGUGUAGUGUUUCCUUUGGAGUUGCGUCUUUUCAAUACUUCAGAUGAUGCUUACAAUCCAGACAGACUAUAUGAUUUAGUGGCUGUUGUUAUUCACUGUGGGAGUGGUCCAAAUAGAGGACAUUACAUUUCUAUUGUGAAAAGUCAUGGACUUUGGCUCUUGUUUGAUGAUGAUAUUGUAGAUAAAAUUGACGCCUCUGCGAUUGAAGACUUUUAUGGGCUUACAUCUGAUACACAGAAAACAUCUGAAUCUGGUUAUAUUCUCUUUUAUCAAUCCAAAGAAUGAACAAGGUUUCUAAAAUUGUUUUCUUCAUAUUUCAGUGCAUUAAUAAUUUAUUAUGAUCAAUAUAUCAAAUUAGUUUUAAGCCCCAAGUGUUAGCGAUUUUGAAAAUUUGACUAUAUUUUCAUUUGGGAAAUUAUUUUCCUUUGUAGUAAGCUGAAUUGUCUUAACAGGCAAUAUUUCUUUGAUGUCAUUGGUUGCAAAGUUGAUUUAGAUUUACUUUCUAAUCUUGACAUCGAGUGUUUUGUGAGUUUUUGUUUCUAUGAAACAUUUAAUUUAAUAUAAAUAGUAAAGAAAAAAAAUAUUCUUAUCUGUUUAUUUUUUUUUUUAAAUUCGUAAUCAUAAAUAUAUAUUUUAGUAAUAUUAUUUGAUCAUAUUGCUUUUAAUUUUAGAGUGCAAUAAUCUGAGAAUUAUAUGUUCUUAUGCUUGAAUCAAUUUUUGUCAUAAGAUAGUGUAUUUUAUUUGCUUGUUAUUAAUAAAUCAAAUGCUUAAAGAAUUUUGAAAUUUUUAUGGUGAAUAGAAUGGUGAAUUUUUUAAGAAAUUUAAAAAAAAUCAUUCUAAUAUUUAAGCAAUUCUUUAAUCGGCAGACCUAAUUAUAGUAUACAUUACUCAUAUGGCAUUGUUCAAUUUAAAAAUUUUUUUAGUCUGAAAUUUUUUUUUUUUAAUGUUUGAAUUUGAGAAACAUAAAAAAUAUUGAGUUUCUAGUAACAUUUUGUUGUGAAUUCGUAUAAUUUUUUGUUAAUGUCUUCCAUCUAAUCAAUGAAACUUUUUCUUUAAUUUUUCUAAUUGUUUUAAUUGGUUGUAGAGUUGUAUUAUUUUAAUGUGUUCUAUUCCACCGGUGUAAAUCUGUGUAUCUAAUAUAAGUGCAUAAUUAUGUAUGUAUAAAAACCAAAACAAAAUAUGUAUAGAUAAUGUCAUUUUUGUACACUGUUGUAGAUUUAAAGUUUUAUUGUAAAUAAUUUUAAAACAUAUUUCAGUUUUCGACUUAGAAUUUAUUUUAAUAUUAAAAACAAAUAUUUUACUUCUGAAAUAAGUGUGAAAUAUAUUGUAAAAUUUUAAUUAAAAAUAAUAUUUAGAUUAUCAUAAUAAAUUCAGUUCAGAUAGAAUGUACAUUGAGUUUCUAUAAAAUUAUCUGUACUUUAUAAAUUAAUUCCUUCUCUGUGAAAAAAAUUGUAAUGUACUGUUGUUUUAUUAAAAUAUAUACUGAUUUCAAAAUCUAA